AUGACUGGAAACAUGACCGGCUGCACGUCAUCAAUUGGUGAGUGUUGUCAUCAGGAGAAGUGUGCAACCAUGUGUAAGACGAAAAAACGAACUCCAGGACAAGGCAUAAUUACCGUUCAAUCUGGUGCCCUGCAAUCUGGUGCCCCCGUGAAACCCAGUACUCGUGAUGAAGAAGGUGUUACAGGAGAUAAGAAAGGGCCGUUUGAGAUUGUGUUCUCAGUAUCCCAACAGCCGGGUCAGUCGGUUAAGACAGUCCGUAUCAAACAGUUUCCACCUGCAGCAAUUGCUAACGGAGCUACAACUGCCGGUGUCCGGGAACACGACCUCAUCGAACAUGAUCUCCCCGAACACGAUCUCCCCGAACACAAUCUCAUUCUCUAA